GUUAUUCACUUUUACAAAACGUAAAAUACUCUGGAUUUAAUACAAAUAAUUUAAAAUAAAACAUGUUUUUUGUAUAAACGAUUUCGUAAUGAGAUGCAAUAAAUUAGUAAACAUAGCAAUAAAUUAUUUAUUCAAUAUUUGUCUGAGAGUUUAAAAGAUUUUCUUAAUCAAUAACCAUGGCUAACGAUAGGGAAGUUUUACGAGAAAUAUGGGAUGGGAAGUUACCAAUAUGCUUUCAAUUACACCAAGAAGAAAUAAUGGAAAUACAACAGCCUGACCCAUUCUAUGUAAUGGUGCCACGAUUGAGCUAUUUCCCCUUGGUUACUGAUAAGAUGAAAAGACAUUUUUUACGUUAUAUAUCCCAAGAAAGUGCUGACAAUGAGAUGUGGCUUGACUAUAAUGGACAACCGCUAAAGUGGCACUAUCCCAUUGGCUUUCUUUAUGAUCUUUUUUGUGGAAAUGACCCUCAGCUGCCCUGGACUUUAACAGUUCAUUUUACAAAGUUCCCAGAAAAUAUUUUACUACGCUGUCCCAAUAAAGAUAUUGUUGAAGCACAUUACAUGUCUACAGUAAAAGAAGCAGAUGUACUUAAACACAGAGGACAAGUAAUGUCAACAAUGCAAAAGAAAGACCAUAAUCAGUUAUGGCUAGGUUUGCAAAAUGAUAAGUUUGACCAAUUUUGGGCUAUUAACAGAAGAUUAAUGGAAUCACAUGGAGACAAUGAAGGUUUUAAACAUAUACCAAUUCGAAUGUAUUCUGAUGAUGGAAUUUGCUGUCAAAGACUAAUAAGCCCCAAAAAUAAUGAUGGAAGCCGAAAGAUUAUCCAACAACUCCUAUCAGAAUUAUAUCCAGACAAACCAGAAGUUAAACUAAGAACACAUGGAAUCCUUAUCCCAUUGGACACACCACUUCAGUGGCUUUCAGAACACAUGAGCUACCCUGACAAUUUUCUACAUAUUUGCAUGUGCUAAGCUUGCUGUUACUGCAUUUUAAUCAUUUGGGAGUGAAUAAUUUACCAAGAAAAUACAAGAAUUUUCAUAUAGAGCUAUGUAAAUUAUGAAAUAUAUUUAUAACUGCAAUCUUAUGAGACAUGCUAUUAUUAAAAUCACUACAUUCCUGCA